GGAUCCCGACCUGUCCUCCAGGAUCUGAUGGCCCUGGAGAGAGGGCUGCAGGGCCCACGGACACUGCUGACUCUUCAGAACAUGCUGACAUGGAGCCAGCUCCAGACCUCUCGGCCCUGAGUGAGGCGAGGACCCUGUUCGUGGAUGUGGAGGAGCGCGGGCCGGAGGCCAUGGACGUGAAGGAGAGGAAGCCGUACCGCUCGCUGACCCGGCGCCGAGACGCCGAGCGCCGCUAUACCAGCUCGUCGGCGGACAGCGAGGAGGGCAAAGCCCCGCAGAAGUCCUACAGCUCCAGCGAGACCCUCAAGGCCUACGACCAGGACACCCGCCUGGCCUAUGGCGGCCGCGUCAAGGACGUGGUGCCGCAGGAGGCCGAAGAGUUCUGCCGCGCAGGAGCUAACUUCACCCUGCGUGAGCUGGGGCUAGGGGAGGUGACGCCGCCUCACGGGACCCUGUACCGGACAGACAUUGGCCUCCCCCACUGCGGCUACUCACUGGGGGCCAGCUCUGAUGCCGAAGUGGAGGCAGACACCGUGCUGUCCCCUGAGCACCCCGUGCGGCUCUGGGGCCGGAGCACACGGUCGGGGCGCAGCUCCUGCCUGUCCAGCCGGGCCAACUCCAACCUCACGCUCACCGACACCGAGCACGAGAACACUGAGACCGGUGCUCCCUUGCAUUGUUCAUCCGCUUCAUCAACCCCUAUUGAGCAGUCCCCCUCCCCGCCCCCCUCCCCUCCGCCCAAUGAGAACCAGAGGCGGUUGCUAGGCAACGGUGUGGCCCAGCCAACCCCGGACUCAGACUCUGAGGAAGAGUUUGUCCCUAAUUCAUUCUUAGCUAAAAGUGGCUCCGUCAGCCUGGGGGUCGCUGCGAACGGGGCGGAGGGGCCUGGUGCAUGGGGGGCUGGGGGUUGUGGGGGACCUGACGCAGCUCCGCAGCUCCAGCAGCCCUGCUCCUGCCCGGCCGCGCCACUGGGGUGUGCGGGGGUUGGGGAGCUGCUGUCCCCACCGCCGUGA